GCCACAUUAAGUAGGUUCCUGAAAAACAAAUGUUUAAAGCCAGGAAACAUGUACGAGUGAAACUGAUUUGAUUUGAAUCUUCUUUAGUUAGUCACGAGGUACUGCAGCAGAUCGCGUGACCAGCUGACCGACGACCACUUACACUAGGGCCUACUGGCAGACAGAUAACUUGCGAAACGUCUCAGAAUCUACUACUGUCAAAUCAUCAUGGCCAAACUAGAAGAAUUCAAGAUGGAAGGCACUGACCUAGAAGUUACAGAGGAAAUGCUGAAGGCAUUUGAGGAGCAGGGAUACAUUCUUGUCAGGGGACUGCUAAGUGAGGAAGAGCUGACUAAGGUGAAACAUGUGUUGGAAGAUUCAGACCUUGUCUCGACACAUGGAUAUGGGAUUCCUGAUUCUUCGGGUCGAAUGCCAAAGAUGGUACUGUGGAGAGCACCAGGAAGUGAUGUCACUGGUAUGAUUUGCCGCUGUGAAAAAAUUGUUACCACAUCAGAAAAGCUACUUGGAGGGGAGGUGUACCAUUACAGCUCAAAGCUUAUGAUGAAGGAGCCAUUAAUAGGUGGCAAACAGGAAUGGCACCAGGACUAUGGAUACUGGUAUCAGAAUGGCUUGUUGACCCCUGAUGCCCUCAGUGUGUUUGUGGCAGUUGACAAGUGUACUAAAGCUAAUGGAUGUCUUCAAAUUUUGCCAGGUUCUCACAAGUGCGGUCGGAUAGAACACAAGAUGGUAUCGGGACAGACAGGAGCUGACUUGGACAGGGUAGCAGAGCUCUGUAAACAAUUGCCUCUCACCCACGUGGAAAUGGAUGCAGGAGAUGCCCUGUUUUUUCAUUCGAACGUCUUACAUAUGAGUGACCCUAAUGACAGUAAUGACCGUCGUUGGGCCCUCAUCAUGGCCUACAACCGGGCCAGUAAUAACCCAGUGGAGAGGCUGGCUGCACCCUUCCCAAGAUACACGCCAACAGUGAAGGUUCCUAACUCAGCCAUAUUGAGCUGUACCAAUGUGAGCGACUUCUCAGGAAAAGCGUUCCUGAAUCCCAUGGAUGACAAAACUGUAAAAGCUGACACCAACAAACAAGGCAAUCUUCAAAAGGCAUAGUCACAAUGUGAUCUUGAUGAAGAUUUUGUCCUGGAAAAUAUGAAUCAUAAUGAAAAGAAAGACUAGAUAUAUAUACCUUGCUUCCUAAUGCCCUUCUACAGGAUGAACAUAUAUCAUAUUAUGGCAUUGUCUGGCUGUCUGGCUGUCAAUAGCAUCAACAUCAACAAUAUUACCUACAUUCACCAAACUUGCUUUACUCAUGUAUCUUACAAACACGGAAUGUCACAUACAAAAUUGCUUCUAGUGCCAUAGAAUGAUAGCCCUUCGUUCAUUUUUAUUCCAAAGUUUGUUUGGAGCAUGGCUCCACGCUUUUCCACAUACGUUCAUACAAGUUGUGUACAUUUAUAUGAAAUGUCGGGAGUGACACACAUUUAUUUCAUGUCCUAUGCCCCAUUAUAUUUAGAGCAUGAUAGCCUGUCUAUUAAGUUUACUUAGAUAUAUUUGCCAAUUCACCAAUCAUUUUCCUUUUGUUUUUCAAUAGUUUUAUUUCCUCAGCCUGUAGAUAUGUAUAUAACGUUACUUUAAGUAUUUCAAUAUACAUAUAUGCUUUCUUUGCUGGAUAUUUCCAGGGUUGAGUCUGUAACAUUCCUAUCGCUCCUUCAACCACUAAACAUUAUACAGUUAGUCUUGAUUCAAAAUUAGAUGUUACAGGGCAAGUGACAGGCGCAUUCGCUUCUUAUGUACAGUUAUUAGUCAUAGAAGCUCUGAUAAGGAGAAUUAUGAAUGUUAAACUUGGUAACCUGAAAUAGGUAAAAUGUACAUCUGCCUUUGUGAGAAAAUACUUCUGGUUUAGGCCCUAAGUUGUGCUCAAUGCCAGUAUUCUCAUAAUUGUUUAACGUUUUGUAAGUUUAAAUCACAGGUGCUGUAAUGUUAUAUAAUGGUGCCUGAUAACAGGCUUCGGUUUCACAAGACACCAUAAUUAGGAUUUGUUCCUUAACUUAAAUUUCCACAAUUAAACGUAAGCUGAGGAUUGUUUGGAAAAUCUAGGCCAGGUUUGAAGGUUAUUACUUGUUAAAGCAUACAUAGUCUCUUAUAUUUAUUUAUUUCCGUUUUUUGACCAAGUGCAAUUUAACUUAUAAGUAUAAUUACUCUUUCCCUUGUCAUCAUCUGAACAUUUGUUCGUAUUUUUUUUUUCAUGACAGUCAUUUAUGUUAAGAGUAGGACAUGUCUUUUAGUAUGUAUAAGAUUAAUUCAGUCUUCGAAUCUACAAUUAUUAUUUUCUUAUUUUGAGGCUGCAGUUAGGGUCGCUGGAGGGCAGUGUUACCAUUACAUGUUCAAUGAUUAUUAUUUCUUAUAGCCAUAGAUAUACACAAUAAAAGAAUUGUCACCCUCAUUCCCAUUGGUCGAAAGUUAAUGAUGAAUUUAAGUCCAUUAAUGUCCAUUUUACUUUUUCGGAAGAUGAAAAUAAACCUCCUCCUCCGAAGAAGCAAGAUCGACAAGGCCAGGAGGCUGACAUAUUGGGACUGAGAGUGACAAUUACUCAAUUGUUUUUUCCCUAUGGAAAUCAACUGUUGUGUAUUAUAUCGGAAGUAUAUGGUGUUUAGGCACAAGAUAGUUUAAAAAAAAUGUUUUGAUUGAUACUGGCUUUCAUAUUAGCAGUGAAGAUGAGUAUUUCUUGAUACAUAUAUAGACCUGUCAAUUUUUUAUUCUAUCCAAUACAUAUUUUGAAUUGUUAGUUUUGUAAAUGGCACAAAACAAUGCAUGCUUUCAAAUUAUCUUUGUCGGUUUUUUUCUCGGAAUACCAAACAGUUGAUUGGUACAGUACAAUCAAAAGGAUUUGUUAAGCAUUUAUACUACAAACUGUAUUCAUUAUCAUUCUAUCAUUGUCCUGCUUCACAUAUAUAGCUUGGUGUUGAUCAUGUUAUCUUUUCACCUGUUUUUAUUUUUUAUGAGUACCCAUCCAGUUAAUGAGGAAGUGGAAUUAUUUCUACAAAAGGACUAUGAAAUGCUUUUAUGCAUUUAUGUUUUAUUUCCGAUUUCAAAGUUUUCAAGUAUUCAGUAAAAUUCUAGCUUACAUUGUAGUGCAAUAUUAUUGUUAUUGUUGUCAAUGUGUAAAACACAUGUGUAGGCAUUGUAGUACAAGUCUAUACUAUCUUUAUAUCUUUACCUGUCGUUAUUUUGUAUUUCUUUACUGCCUCUUCACAGAUUCACGUUCACAUUAAUCACCUUUGAAGUUAUAACAGUUACCCAUUAUAAACCUACACCGAACAAGUAAAAUAGACGUAACUUAAAUUCAUCGUUAACUUUCGUCCUUGAAGAAGGCCAUGAUGUUCAGAUAUUGGUACUGAGAGUGAUAGUUGUUUUAUUGUAUUGACUGACUCAUACACGCAUAUCCGUUAUGUUGCUGACAUCAUCUGUUGCUGUAUAAAAUACACAGGCUUGUAUAUUAGACACUGACGCACACGUCCAAAUAACUCUUUAAAUUGAACUGCAUUUCACUCUAAAAUGUUAACAUCAUAAUGUUUGGAAUAGCAACGAAUAAAGGUUGUGAUGCAA